GUAACUUAUAUUAUUAAUGCUAACGCCAUCUAUGCGACAUCCGACGCGCAUGCUGUUCAACUCCACGAUAAGGUCAUUCACAUACAUGGUGAAGAGCUUGGGAGACGUCAACCCCCCCCCCCCCCCCGUCUCACCCCGCACUCCAACACGUAUCCUUCCGACAGAGAAUCAGCCCACUUUACAAAGUUGGUUUGGUUGGGAUAUCAAAACCUAAACAUUUCCAGCAUCUCAGCCGGUACACCCCUUCCCGCCAUUCUUCUCCAAAGUACCUCAUAGGACACAAGGUCAAAGGCCUUGGAGAGGUCAAGGAAACAGGCGUACACCGACGUCCUGCGAUCUGUGUAGUAUUGGAUAGUGUGAAACACACACUGUCCAUCAUCUUAGCAAUUGUUGUUGCAAGUGAUAUAGGGCGGUAGUUCCCCCUGAUCGAGAUGUCACCGGUCCUGUCCUUAACAAUGGGCACUACGAUGGUCUUUAUAAGGUCACGUGGUAAAUAAAAGUGAUUUAUGCACAUUGAGGAGAACAGGGCCAGCACUCUCGGCAGAUGAGGCUCCGCAUGCCUCAGAUGUUCUACACAAUUACCGUCAUGACCACACAGGGGACUUGCCACAAGUCAUUCUUUUUAGCGCCUCUCCAACCUGCUUUGCAGUAACGCGCAUUAGUGGCACGUCCCCCUGACAUCCGGGCCUAGCACUAUUCACAGAUACUAAGGCCCCAGUGGGGAAUGCACUUUGAAAUGUUGAGCAAAAAUAUUCGGAAUAUGUACCUGUUAUGUCGGUACUUGGAUAAUAAAUGUGAUGUGGGUUAAUUUAAGUUUUCAAUAAACAGUCGUUCCCAGAUCUCUGCCUUUUAUUGACGCGUAAAUUACAUUGGCGCAGUCGGUCUAGAAGUUCGAUACUUACGUGUAAUUCUGUUUGACAUAAUGCCGAUUGGAAAAAUAGAACCUUUUAAUAUCGAAAGCCAAAAUUGGGACAGUUACAUUCGUCGCGUAAAACAAUUUAUAUUGUAAAAUAGUAUCGAUGACAAGCUAAAAGUAGCUACGCUUUUGACGUUAGUGGGUUCCGAGUGCUAUAAUCUUAUUUGUGAUUUGUGUUCACCCGCGGAACCGGAAACAAAGAAGUUCGAAGAAUUGGUUACACUUGUCAAAAAUCAUUUGGAGCCGGAGAGAUCUGAAAUAGCGGAGCGACACAUUUUUCGGCAGCGGACGCAACAGCAGGGAGAAAGUAUCCGUGUUUACCUACAUGGCCUAAAACACUUGGCUAAAACCUGCAACUUCGGUAAUACUCUGGAAGAAAACUUUCGCGAUCAGUUCGUGUCGGGUUUAUACAGCGAAGAGAUGCGGUCAAGAUUGUUUGCCGAAAAGAGUAUAAACUACAAAAGAGCUGUGGAGUUGGCCACGGCGCUCGAGGCAGCUGAGCGGCAUGCGAGCACGGCAUGCGCAUCGGGCGGCGCGAGCGCUGGCGGAGCUGGCGGGACCGGCGCAACGGCGGCCGGCGGCGAGGGCGGCCUGCACCGGUUCGGCAGCGGCGGAGCGCGCGCACGAUCUGCUGCGGCUCCCGUGCCUAUGACGGUGACGUCACAGCGUCGGCUUUGUGCGCGUUGCGGUAAGACCGGUCACAUAGCCGGUAAGUGUCGUUUUAAAAAUUAUACAUGUGAUGCGUGUGGCCAGAAGGGCCAUUUAAAAGUAAUGUGUCAAGGUAAAAGUGAACUUAAGAGUGCAAAGGAGAACAAAGGUCAGUACUUUUUAAAUGAUUCGGACUCAAAUGAUGAGUGUAAUUUUUUUAACUUGAUUACAAGUAAUGACGGUGACGGACCGUACUAUGCGAAUUUAGUAGUAGAAAAAGUGCCAUGUAAAUUUGAAAUUGACACGGGCAGUAAAAUAUCGGCUAUUUCGAAACAUUUUUAUGAUAAACAUUUUAAACAUGUACCUAUUCAAACUAAGUUGUUAUGUCUGAGAUCAUAUACUGGCGACGUUAUCGAGACCAUCGGUUAUAUUGUGGUAAUGGUUAUCUGUGGUUCAAAGUCCGCGAUGCUUAAGUUAUUUAUUAUUGAAAACGACGGUCCACCUUUAAUGGGCCGUACGUGGAUUAAGAAAUUGAAAAUAGAAAUUGUUGAAUGUCACAAUAUUAGCGACUCGGAGUCGGUAGCAAAAGCUUUGAGAGACGAAUUCCCUGAAGUGUUUGCAGAAGGUUUAGGUACAUUCAAGUCACCUGUAUCGCUGCACCUCAAGGUUGAAACUCCUGUGUUUGUGAAAGCGCGGCCGCUGCCAUUGGCACUGCGCCCGCGAGUCGAAAGCGAACUCAAACGAUUAGAAUACGAAGGGGUUAUUUACAAAGUCGAAAGGUCAGAAUACGGUACGCCUAUUGUCCCUGUUCUUAAGUCCAAUGGCUCAAUCAGGAUAUGUGGGGAUUAUAAAAUAACCAUAAAUCCGAUUUUAAAAGAUUUUCAUUAUCCUUUACCGCGGAUUGAAGAACUUUUUGCGACCUUGGGGGGCGGCGAACAGUACACAAAGCUUAAUUUAUCAAAUGCGUUCCAACAAUGUUUAUUGGAUAAAAAAUCACAGCCGCUGACAGCAAUUACCACUCAUAUCGGGACGUUCAUUUACAAAAGAGUACCUUUUGGAAUAAAAUGUAUUCCUGAAAAUUUUCAAAAGAUUAUGGAGGAAACAUUGAGUGGUUUGCCUUCAACGGCUGUAUUUGCAGAUGACAUAUGUGUAACUGGAAAGGAUAAAAUUUGAGUUAGUGUCAGUCAGUGUUAGAAAGGUUAAAACAAAAUGGAUUAAGAAUUAAUUUCAAUAAAUGUCAAUUCUUUCAGGAUUGUGUAACGUAUUUAGGGUAUAAAAUUGAUAAGGACGGCUUGCAUACAGAUUCUAACAAAAUUAAAGCGAUUAUGGCAGCCCCCUCUCCAAUAAAUGUAACUCAAUUAAAAAGUUUUAUGGGCCUUGUUAAUUUUUACUCAAAGUUUUGUUCAAAUAUAAGUGAGAUAAUGAAACCGUUGUACAACUUAUUACAAAAAAAUGUUAAAUGGCAAUGGAAUGAUGAGUGUGAGGUUGCUUUUUGUCGAAUGAAAAAAGUAUUGAGCAGUGCACCAGUAUUGGCACACUACGAUCCUACUCUGCCGUUGGUGUUAUCAGUGGACAGCAGCGCAUACGGACUGGGCGCCGUGCUCGCUCAGCGGUACGCAGACGGCAGUGAGCGACCCGUGUGCUGCGCGUCGCGUACACUUAACGCCGCCGAGCAAAAUUACUCGCAGCUGGACAAGGAGGCACUCGCAAUUGUGUUCGGUGUGCGCAAGCACCACCAAUAUUUAUACGGGCGACAGUUUAUUUUACGUAGUGAUCAUCGUCCAUUGAGUUACAUCUUAGGGCCGAAUAAAGGAAUACCUGUGACAGCCGCAAGUAGACUACAGCGUUAUGCCGUUCAGCUAUCUGCUUAUAAUUUUAAAAUCGAAUUUAUUAAAUCAGUUCAAAAUUGUCACGCCGAUGCGCUUUCUCGUCUUCCUCUGAAUCCUACUAGAAACAGAGUCAAAUGUGAGGACAGCGACUGUAGUUACCUUAAUUUUGUGCAAGAAAAUUUUCCACUUAGUUUUAAAGACAUUAAAAUUGAGACGGCAAAAGAUUCUUUAUUGAGUAAAAUAUAUGGUUACGUAAUGUUCGGGUGGCCAAAAACUAGUAAUAUUGAAACUGAAAAAGCAUAUUUUAAUCGUAAGGAAAAUAUUUGUGUGGAUCAAGGUUGCCUAAUUUGGGGUUACCGGGUAAUAAUUCCCAAAUCAUUACGAUUGUCAAUUUUGAAAGAAAUUCACGACGGCCACCCAGGCAUCGUAAAAAUGAAGCAAAUAGCGCGAAAUUAUGUCUGGUGGGAAACAUUAGACGUUGAUAUCGAGCGAACAGUACAGGAAUGCGUCGCAUGCCGGUCGCAGCGCUCAGCUCCCGCCCCGGCUCUCCUGCACUCCUGGCCGUGGCCGGAGGAACCAUGGGCUCGAUUAAAUUUAGACUUUUUAGGGCCAUUUAAUAAUAAGUAUUAUUUAGUUAUUGUCGAUGCUUAUACAAAAUGGAUCGAGGUUGACCAUGUUUCUGGUACGUCCGCUGCGGUGGUAAUAGAUUGUUUACGAAAAAAAUUUGCGCGUUUUGGCUUACCUAAAAGAAUUGUUAGCGACAAUGGACCACCUUUCUCCUCGGCAGAAUUUAAAAAAUAUUUGGACAUUAACGGUAUUCGCCAUACCCUAGUUGCACCAUAUCACCCAUCGAGCAAUGGGGCGGCUGAAAAUGCCGUGAAAAUGGUUAAGAGGGCAUUAAAAAAGGCCCAAGUUGAUAAUGAAAAUGUUAAUACGGCACUCAGUAAAUUUCUUUUCUCAUAUAGAAACACUGAACAUAGUACCACUGGGUGCGAGCCCGCAAUGCUUAUGUUCGGACGACGGUUGCGUGGUCGACUGGACCUGCUGCGGCCUGACACACGAGACUUGGUGCGACAGCGGCAGGAGAUUAGUGAGCAGCGACGGGACACCGCUCUGCGGGUGGCUGAGCCCCAAGAUUCCGUGCUAUUACGGGACUAUUCUCAAAACCGGGGAAAGUGGACUGAAGGGACGGUGGUACGUCGAGAAAGUCCAGUUUCGUAUACAGUAAAGUCUCAAGAUGGUCGUGUACACAAGAGACACAUUGAUCAAAUCUUAACAACUAAACAUCCAAAGUCUCGAUUUUCAUUGUCAAAGGUGGAAGAGGAGGCGUAUGACAUAACUGAUACAGAGUCAAUGGCGAAGCCUGACACUGAUCAGGACGAUCAAGUCGCAGAAGAAUGGCAACUGGCACAGGAGUCGCCUCCCUCGAGAACCGUGUCUGAAAGACGUGACGACAACACCAACAGACAACAAGCGACGACACCGAAGAAUCGUGUAUAUAGAAAGGCUGCAUUACGCUGCAUAGACAAAUUAAAAGAGAUGUAAAGAUAUUUUAUGGUUUGUUUUCAUACAUCACACUCAUCAUUGCACAGCUACUAAUAAGGAGUGAAACACAUGUUGCAACUAUCGAUGUUUAAUAUAGAUAGAUAUAAAUAUAAGUUUAUCUGAUGUAUUAUAUUGGCAUCUCGUUCAUAUAAAUAUGUAUAGGUAUAUAUUAUAUAACUAGUUACUGUACCAUCAUUCAUCAACCAUGCUUAGUGAAUUUAAUGGUGUUUCCUUUACACAUUGUUGUAUUGAUAUUGUAGUUUAUUAAUAUUUACUUAAAAAGGGCAUGUCUUUCGUUUGUUUGAGUUAGAUUGUUUAAAAUAUAGGGGGGAAGUGUUAUGUCGGUACUUGGAUAAUAAAUGUGAUGUGGGUUAAUUUAAGUUUUCAAUAAACAGUCGUUCCC